AUGCUGGCGAAUGUCAUAUUCUACUUGCGUGAUACCGCCCGAACAUGGUUUGAAACGCAUGAAGAGGAACUAACGUCGUGGGACCUCUGCAAAGCCAAGCUUCAGGACCUCUUCGGACGUCCAACCGGUCGCAAGCUCUCGGCCAAGCGAAAGCUGGCAUCUAGAGUCCAAACAUCGACCGAGUCAUAUGUGACCUACAUCCAAGACGUCCUAUCUCUGUGCAGGAAAGCUAACCCCGAAAUGCCAGAAAUCGAACGGAUGGAACACAUCCUCAAAGGCAUCGCAGAUGAUGCCUUCCAGCUACUUGUCAUUAAGGAUUGCUCGACUGUCGACGACGUCCUGAAAGAGUGCCGCAGGUUCGAAGCUGCAAAGACUCGCAGGAUAGCGCACAAAUUCAACCGUUUGCCAAACACCCCGGCAACAUCAUCUUGUGAAGACCCUGAUACUAACACAGAGCGCAUCACGAAAAUCGUCCGCCGAGAACUGGAGGCGAUGAUGCCCGCUGACGGUGUUUCCCCGUCUCCCCGCUCAUCGACUAGCGAGUUAUCCAUCGCCGCCGUUAAAACUGUCGUUAGGCACAGACACCCCAAUGCUGCGCCUGUGAAUCUUCAACUGCGACGCCAUCCUUCAGACCGUACCACCGACGUGAUCCCGCCACGUGGAGGACCCCCGAACGUGGCGUGA